AUGGGGCUGCUGGAUGGUACUGAUGCUGCUCCUCCUAAAACCGAGGAGAUUGAAGACUCCGACAAGCAGGUACCAAGUCGAGCCUAUGCAAUCUGGCACGCCCAAGAUCAAGCGCUGAUGAGUUAUCUGGUUAAGUCUCUGUACUCCGACCUCUUGGCUCAGGCUUUUGACGACCGUCAGACAAUGCUAUCUCAGUCUGGCCAAAGCAGUGUUGUUUUUCAGAGCAGCGCCAAUACAAAAUCCCGUGAUGCAGGGACAUUGCAGCUUCGUGAUGAUCGUGAUCGGCGUGACAACCGUUCAGAUUACCGACGCGAUGACAUGCAGUACCGUGAUGAUAGAUAUGGUGGCGGUGGUGGCUACUACUACCGCAGCGAUGACAAAGAUGGUGGAGGCUAUCAAAGACGUGAUGACAGGCAGUACCGUGAUCGACGUGAUGACUACCGUGAUCGACGUGAUGACUACAAUCGUCGUGAUCGCCGUGAUGACAGAGAUAUGCAGCGUCGCAAUGAAGGUGGCCGUGGUGGUGGUGGUGCACCGAGAGGUGGCCGAGGUCGUGGCCGCACUCCCACUAGAUUUGUUGACACUACUUGUCAGAUUUGCACAAAGUAUGGUCAUCCAACAAAGGACUGUUGGUGGCGUUACUCUGACCGUGGUGAUGACGAUGAGGACAACUCUCGCACUGAGAAGGGUUCAUAUGGAGUUGAUACCAACUGGUAUAUGGACAGUGGUGCUACAGAUCACAUCACUGGGCAACUAAACAAGCUACAUACUAGUGAAGACUACAAGGGCCGCGAUCAAGUCCACAAUGCCAGUGGCACAGAACGCCAUGAUUGGCGUGGGAAUAGUGGCAAGUCCACAAAUGUUGUUAUUGGUGUUGAUACUGAGAUGAAAGUCGUUGGGUCGCAAGGACUUCCACCGCGCUGA